UUAAAUAAACAUAUCUGUUCUUAUUUAACAAUAUUUUGAAAUUUAUGUGACAUUUGUACAUUUUUAAAUAAAAUAAGUAUACAGCUAAAGCUAUUUGAAUAAUAAUAAAUAUGAGUAGAGAGGAGUUAUCGGACAUCGUAACCGAGGCGCUGGAAGUAUUUUUGAAUCAUAUUCUAUAUGUGCGUGAUUUGUACCCGGCACAAAUUUUCAAAAAGAGACGCUUUUAUAAUGCACCAGUCUACAUUUCCAUAUUCCCGCCACUUAAUUCAUACAUACAUAAUAUAUUGCGGACUGCACGAGAACUACAACAACGAGGCGAAUUGCAAUGCGUGGUGUUACAAUUUUACCAUGACGAAAUACCUUUAAACGAGUGCUACUCAUUCGACAUUAAGCAUUUUGAAGCCGAUGGACAAAUGAUAUGCGAGCCAACAGCGGCUAACGACAAAUUCCUGAUAGAGUUUGAAGAACAACUUCGCAGUUCACUGUAUAAAUUAGCCGAGCGUUUAAAGCCGCUAAAUGCGUUGCCAAAAGGUGCUAAAUUCAAGAUAGCACUUAAUACAACGCAAGAAGCUUUUAUUCAUCUUAGCCACAAUUCAAAUUAUCAGAACUUCCCCUGGCUAUGUGAUGGUUUAAACCCAGAGCGGACUAAACAGGACAUUGCUCUACUCCCGCUAACCCGUUUGAAUAGCAUCGGUUUGAGAUUAAAUUUGGAAAUAUUUUAAUUAAUAUCGUGAUAAUGGUUGUCUUCUAUUAUAGAACAUUGUUUCAUUUUAAUUUAGCUCUAUACAAUUUAUGCAUACACGAAUAAAAAAGCAGACCGUUAGCGCAAUUCUUAUAGUAA